CUGACAUAUCGACUUUUCAUCUUCACAUAUGCCUCUGACUGCCUUAUUCUUGGAUUCCUGUGCCUGACAUGGAGAAGCUCGGAACUAUCAAGGCUCGGGAGAAACCACUGCAGCGAGAGUCUGGUGCUCCCCCUCCAAAUAAUCUCAACCUCGGUCUUGUUGGUUCGAUGGCUGGGAAUGUCAUCCUCCCUGCCAAGUCACCUGUUAUCCACGUAGACGAAAAAGGGAUCGAGGAAGUUCGACAGGCGUUGCAAGCCUGCGCCGACCUUGGACUUGCUGGGGAUGCAAUCAACAAGGCCAGCUUUCCCCUCCCCACUUUCCAUGUCGUGCUGGAUGAGGCCAGACGUCAAGUCCAUGAAGGUCAGGGGUUUGUCAUUAUUAGGGGCAUCGGCCUUUCUGAUUCGGCCCAGAAUAACAACAACAUGUUCCUGGGCUUGGCGAGCUACAUUGGAGAUGUGAGAGGUGCUCAGGACAAGCAAGGGUCCAUGCUCAGUCAUGUAACUGCGUCCAAAUCCUGGACUGUUCCUUCUGAACUCCGUCACGGUAUCCACACCAACACCGGCUUGGCCUGGCAUAAUGAUAUGGGCACCGAUGUGAUUGCGCUUCACGUUCGAUCAUUGGCCGAGGAGGGCGGUAACACCUUCGUGGCUUCUUCAUGGACCAUAUACAAGGAAUUGGCGACGUCAUACCCUCAAGCUCUUGAACUUUUGUGUGAGCCAUGCUGGCCAAUCCAAGUUUCUGGAAAUCCUCCCCGACACAUUGUCGCACCUUUGGUGCAAAUCUUCAACAAUAGGGUCUAUCUCAGCGCCGAUCCGGGCCGUCUGGGUCUCCAUCCCGUCACCGCUAAAGCCGGCCUGAGCUCUUCCAUUCCAAGCCUCACCACUUCGCACCUCCAAGCCCUUGAAAUUCUGUCUGAGCUCGCGACCAGACAUCGGUUGAUGCUAGAUACUAGGCCUGGGGAUAUUCUUUUCAUCAACAACUGGGCCCUCAUACACGCGAGGGAUUCGUACAAGGAUCCGAAAGACGGCCCCGGUCGUCACCUUGUUAGAUUGUGGCUCAGGGACUCCGAGUCAGGUUGGAAGGUCCCCGAGUCCAUGAGAGUGCCCUGGGAGGCCGCCUUUGGCCCCAAUGGAGACGGAUAUCCGACUGGAGUUACGCGCAGAGAAUAUCCGCUUGCUCCGUCCCACGAGUACAAGCCACCAAAGUACACGGCUGGCUCGGCAGCAUUUGUCCUGGACGAUGAAGAUGACGUGAAUGGCGGGAAUAACGAACCAUGACACUCAACCUGAAUCUAGGGUCAGCAUCUCGUUACCAUUGCGCCAUCUCAUUCAUUCCGGGCCGCUACAAGUGGUUGUUCUCCAAUGUUUCCCCCGCAAUGCCUUUGUCGUCUUAUUGUCACGCCUCACAUCACGCGUCAUGACUUACGAACUCUCACAAUUUCUCUUCCUCUUCUUUCAUAGGGUCUCAAAAGCGUACACGAAUAGAGACAGGAUCAUAAAGGAGGGAUUUUCAGUAGUGGCAGAGUCUCAUGAACUGGGAUUGUUUGUACAUCACCAAGGUCUACACCGUUGAGAUGCGAAAGCACGUUUGAUCACAAAGAAAACAAUAACCCCUCCUUGGGUUUCAGACACAUACCAAGCCGAGAAUUCAACAAUGCUCGUAGCAUCCGUUUCGUCAUCCCACUCCCAGCCUGAUGCGUCAGCU